AUGCGGGGCACGAGCUGCGUGGGCGGCGGCGGCGAGAGCCCGGGUGGCGCCGGGCUGAGCGAAGGCCCGCGGGGCCGCUGGCUGCGCCUCGCCCCGGUCUGCGCCUACUUCCUCUGCGUCUCGUUGGCCGCCGUGCUGCUCGCCGUCUACUACGGGCUCAUCUGGGUUCCCACGCGGCCCCCCGCGGGCCCUGCCGGCCCGCCGCCCAGCGCGCCGUCCCCUCCGUGCGCCGCCCGUCCGGGCGUGCCGCCUGCCCCGGCGCCCGCCGCUGCCUCGGUCUCCUGCCUCCUGGGAGCCCCCGGCGGGCCGCGACCCCAGCUCGAGCUGCCGCGCAGCCGCCGCCGCCGCCACAGCGACCCCAGCCGCCGCCCGAACCGUCAGACACCCAGAGAGACGCCGGAGGCCGCGGGGGGGCGAGGACCCGGGUAACCCUCCCUUCCAACCCAAGCUGGAUCGCCGCCUCUCAAGAGCCCGCGCCCCCACGGCGGAUGCUCCGUUACCCGGUUGGGCCCGGGCUUCCUCUUCAUGACAUCGCCUAGCGUCUCCGGAGUCGUCAUCCAGAAGAAUGGGGGUGGGGGCGCCAAGGGGAGCUGGCCCGGGGCCUCGCUCCUCUGCCGUCAGGCCGGGGUCCUCCACCAUCUGGCAGAGCGCAUCCUGACCUCUGCCUUCCGACACCCUCCCUAGUAUUUUGAGCAUAGAGCCCACAGCCCACCGCCCUCCUGUCUCAAUCUCCGUGUCCAUGUCCCUGUGCAAUAAAUUCCAGCCCCAACUGCC